AUGAAGUCCCUCAGCACCGUUGCGCUGCUGGCCUCUCGCGCCGCCGCCAGCAGCUCGUGCAAGCCCUACGUCGACUCGGAGAAGCUGCAGUCGCUCAUCAACCUCGACGACCUGCUCGCCGGCUCGCAGAAGCUGCAGGACUUUGCCGAUGCCAAUGGCGGCAACCGCGCAUUCGGCGGCGGCGGCCACAAUGCCACUGUCGACUGGCUGUACGACACCCUGCAGGCGACGGGCUACUUUGACGUCGUCAAGCAGCCCUUUGUCGAGCUCUUCUCGGCCGGCUCCGCCACCCUCACUGUCGCCGGCGAGGAGUUCACCCCGGGCGUCAUGACGUACUCGCCCGCCACCGACGGCACCGUCUCGGCCCCCAUCGUCGCCGUUAGCAACCUCGGCUGCAAUGUCGCCGACUACCCCAGCACCGUGAGCGGCAGCAUUGCCCUAAUCUUGCGCGGCACCUGCUCGUUCGCCAUCAAGGCCGCCAACGCCAAGACGGCCGGUGCUGUGGGCGCCAUCGUCUACAACAACAUCGAGGGUGCGGUCGCUGGCACCCUCGGCGGCGCCGGUGACUACGCCCCCGUCGUGGGCAUUCCCCAGUCCGAGGGCAAUGCCAUCCUCGCCGCGCUCGAGACCGGCGAGGUCACCGGUGACCUCUUCGUCACGUCCAUCCUCGAGAACCGGACCAACUUCAACGUCAUUGCCGAGACCAAGCAGGGCGACAAGGACAAUGUGCUCGUCCUGGGCGGCCACUCGGACUCGGUCUUUGCCGGCCCCGGCAUCAACGACGACGGCUCCGGCACGAUUGGCGUCUGGGCCGUGGCCAAGGCACUCACCCACUUCAAGAUCAAGAACGCCGUCCGUUUCGCGUUCUGGGGUGCCGAGGAGUUUGGCAAGCUCGGCUCCUUCUACUACGUCAAGCAGCUCAAUCAGACCGAGGACGAGAUUGCCAAGAUCCGUGCCUACCUCAACUUUGACAUGAUUGCCAGCCCCAACUACGUCCUGGGCGUUUACGACGGCGAUGGCGGCGCCUUCAACUUCUCCGGCCCCGCCGGCUCUGCGCAGAUCGAGAAGGACUUUGAGGAGUUCUACACGGCCAACGGCCAGGCGUUUGUCCCCUCCGUCUUCUCCGGCCGCUCCGACUACGCCGGCUUCAUCGAGAACGGCAUCCCCUCGGGCGGCCUCUUCACGGGCGCCGAGAACAUCAAGACCGCGGAGGAGGCCGCGCUGUUCGGCGGCGAGGCCGGCGUCGCCUACGACGUGAACUACCACAAGGCGGGCGACACCAUCGACAACCUCAACACGGACGCGUUCCUGCUCAACACCAAGAGCAUCGCCAACAGCGUCGCCAAGUACGCCAUCAGCUGGGAUAGCCUUCCCCCCGUCGACCUCGCCAAGCGCAGGUGGUCGGCUGACCACCACCGUGCGCUCAACAGCGCCCGCUCCACGCACGGCCACGACCACGCCCACGCUGGCCCCUGCGGCCAGGGCAAGGAUCUCAUUUGA